AUGCCGUGGAAAGAUCACCUCCAUCGUUUCAAACAGGAAUUGAACCAUCGAGUCGCUGAACCAGGAGCCGCGGCCCAGCCACCGCCUGUGCCGCCUCACCCGCCAGCUAUACCACCCCGGCCUCCAGCUGUACAUUGGAAACCUCAAUUCUAUCCCAAUGUUCCGAUCAAUCUUGAGUGGGACGCAAAGCUAGGCAAUGGACCAGAUGGGUGGGGGAAUCAGGAGCUGCAGCAUUAUACUGCAGAACCCCAAAAUGCAUUCCACACGCCUGAAGGCUUGCUUGUCGUCCGAGCUCUUGCAAACAACUCUGCCCCUUCACCAGAGCAGCGAUAUACCUCAGCUCGUCUGGUCAGCAGACAGACUCUGGCUCGCGACAAGGGUGUUUUAAGCGCCACGAUACUCUCCCCUUGCGCCGAGGGUAUCUGGCCCGCAUUCUGGCUUCUGCCUCGGGAACCUUUCUCUUGGCCCACUGAUGGCGAGAUUGACAUUGCGGAAACGUGGAACGGAGAUCACGAAAAUCGCUCCUGUCUUCACUGGGGACAUCAUCACGAACCACAGAAGCACCGAGUUUUAGGUACACGUAUUCCUGACAUGCACUCUCGUCCCGUGCGGUAUGACUUUGCUUGGGAACAGCCCAACGGCGUGCCUGGCCAGGGGAGAAUGAUCUGGUACAUUGAUGGAAGGCCUGUGAUGAAGUGCCAAGUUCCAAGCGGGACCCGACCACUUCGAGACAUGAACAUACUAUUGAACGUGGCAGUAGGCGGGAAUGUCUGUGGUGGUAAAGUACCUCGAGAUGGGUACUAUGACAUGGUCAUUUACAACCUCUCUAUUGUCAGUGAGCUAGAAUAUGGAGGCUGGCCCCGGUUUGAGCAAGAUUGGCACCACCCUUCUGUACCUGGGGGUAACACUUACUAG